AUGGCGUGCACCACCAACCCGGAACGAUUGAACAGUAUGAUCAAAGAAGCAUUACGCGGCAGUUUUCCGUCAUCACUGAUCGGGUACUUGAGUGAUCACGACGACAGCAGAUCGCUGUUGUGGGAAUUCUUCGUAAGCAAUCGUGAUGAGGUGAUAUUCGGCGAUGUCGAGAGCAGUUAUUACAUGCUUGCAGCGAUGAAAAAAUGA